UUUCGAUGCUGAUGGAAACAUUCAAAGUACGUGAUAAAAUGUGGAUAUUGUAAUGGUUUGUCUUUUGCUGAGGUUGCGUCUGCGAUGCUUCUGGAACCUUUCCUGCUGAUGCCAGUGGGAACGUUCAAGGCGCGUGGCAACGUGUCUUUGCUAAAGUUGCAUCCGCGAUGCUCCUGGAACCUUCCAUGGCGGUGGGCAUCUCAUUGUUCCGCCGAGACUUCGCACAUGUAGCACGCGUUACUUCUUGUUUCCUUCAAUAAAGUAUUUUUGCAUAAUAGUUAUAUUGGGUCAUGGACACGGAAGUAUCCGCCCCUGUGCAAACUGUACAAUGCAAGAAGAAGAAGAAAAAUAGGGGGAAGAGAAAGUCACGUAAACGGUAUGUGAAUGGUUCAAGAAGACGUGGCUGUCGUGGCGGUGUGAAAAAUCGCGAGCAAAGGUUGAAGAAGUUGGAGAAGCUGCUUUCCACGCAGAUUGGCACCGCGGCUCCAACAUCAGCAUCAAAUCCCAAUGGCCCCUCGGCCACCGACCUGACCCUGUUCGAUGAGGAUACCAUUGAGUUACCGCCAAGUACCCCUUUCAUCCAAGUCCCUGAUACAGACGUUUUCGCGAAGGUUCGUUUCCCUCAGGAGGUUCCCGACGAGGUUCCGGACGCUCACCUACGUCAUCAUUCUUCUGGUCAGCAGGGGACGCCCCCUGUCGCACGUUUUUGGUGUGCGGACAAGCCUCGUGAAAUGCAUCCUGAUGUUCCGUGCAAUGAUACCGAUUUUGUUUGACAAUAGUGUCGUGCUUAGGUUAUUUAAUGGUGUAAUUUUUAUAAUUUUAUAUUCCGUUGUAUAAAAGAUAUAUUUUGCUCAUUGUAGAUUUUGAUUAAUAUUCCCAUGUGAUUGUUGCCUCCGGUGUUUGGUUUGAUUUACUGUUUCCGCGAAUAUAGGUUUUGGUGAUUUUGAUUUUAAAUGAUGGAUACGGAGGUAUCUUCGUCAGAGGUUCCUAUGCGGACUGUCCCAGUGCGUAUUUUGUUUUGUUUUAUUUUAUUUAAUCUGUCCUGCUUCGUUCAUCUUCCAUGCACCGCAUGCAUCACUUCAGCGCAAGAGGAAGAGGGGCUCCAAAGAAUCCGUGAGUGGUCUCAGAAGAUGCAAUCAACGUGUGAAAUGUUGUGAGCAGGAACGAAAAAUCAAAGUUGCUGAAGGAGUCGUGUGACGUUUGUGUUGAUUUUGAUUA